CUCACUCGCCAUCCAUACCUUGGAUACUCUACAACGAUGAGACCUCUGUCCGCCUGCAUAGCCUGCCGUGAUCGCCGCAAGAAAUGUGACCGCGCUCCUCAGUCGAUACGCUGUAACCUCUGCAUCAAGAGGGGCCUUGAAUGUAGCUUUGAGAGCACCCCCGAAAUACCUGACAAACCUCUCGAGCAUGCUUCACCUGCCAUCUUGAACGACCCAGACUUGUCCGAGGAACUGGUCGACCUCUACUUUCGUCACGGCAACAUUGCCUUUCCCUGUCUGUUUCAUUGGCCGUCGUUCAAGGCCUCUGUUAGAGAUGGGACAGUCCCCAGAAUCCUGUUUCUAGGAGCUGUUGGUCUUGCGGCUCGUUUCUCAUCACAUCCCAUGUUUGCUGGAAUCAACCCCUGGGAACGAGGCCGUCCCUAUGCAAAGGAGGCCGAGAAGCUUCUCGACUUGCACGAUACCUCAAUAAUAACCAUUCAAGCAUGCGUGCUGUUAGCGUGCAUCUGCGUGGCUGAAGGAGAAGCUGUCACAGAAUCUGUAUACUACGCCAUUGCUUGUCGAAUGGCCAUGGUAAUGGACCUACCCAACGCUCCUGUCAAGACGGCUAUUGAGCGCGAAGUCAACAAGAGAGUCUGGUGGUCUCUUGUUACCAGCGAUACCUGGUUGUCUGCAGCCUUUUGUCUUCCCAGAGCGAUAAAACCACGCCAAGAUGUCCCGUUACCGAUAGGAGAGUUGACCUUUGCUCGACUUCAACUAGAUGACCUGGCAGACGAUGAACAGGUCUUAGCUGCUCUAUCAUCUGAAUCCGCAGAGUACUCCUUUCCAGUGCUCGCCCAUAUGAUCAAACUUAACCAGAUCCUAUACGAGAUCAACUCCUACUGUGCAACAGUAGUAGCCGAGGAGAUCCAACAAGAGUCAAUGUGGAACUCUAUACAUAAGCUGUCUGCUUCCCUGGACCGGUGGUAUUCCUGUUUACCGAUGCAAUUACGGUACAGUCAAGAUAACCUCCAGCACUGGACCAGCCAGGGGCUCGGUCCCAAGUUCAUAUGCCUUCACAUCAACUAUAACAAUGCCUCGCAACGCCUAUUCUACCAGUUCCUCCAACUCAGCCAGGUAUCGGAUGAGACGGGCAGCACAGCCAUCCCAACGCAGCUAUACGCCGAGAGGUGCAAGCGGCACGCCGGAGACCUGUGCGACCUCAUCUCACACGCUAAGUCCCGCCCCGAGACGGACGUCUACUACUCCCUCGCGGGCCACAUGCUCGUCAUCGCGUCUACGGUUCAGCUCCAUACCCUGCUGUUCGGUAUGGACGAGAGCGAGAUCCAACUAGCCAAACGCAGGCUUGAGCGCAACUUUGAGAUGCUGACCGACAUAUACACGUACUGGCCCAUCGUCUACACGUCCUUUAGCAGACUAAAGGCUUUUCAUAAUGCCUGCCUGAAUAGCAAGGACAGCUCGUUCCGGCUCGACCGGUGGAUGCUUCAGUUUAUCCUCGAGUUCUCGAAGCCGGUGGACGAGAAGGACAUGAGUGCCCGUGAUCCGGAGAGGGACCUGUGGCCUCUAGACCAGCUGAGGUAUCUUUUUGAGUCGUAG